UGAAAUUAUCCCGUUAAUUAACGAUGAAAAAACAUGAACAGUUGUAUUGUGCCAAAUCUUACAAGAUAGUAUAUAAAAGUGCCAAGCAGUCGAGCAAACUCAGUUAAAAAAUGCCGUUGGGGAAGUAUUACUGCGAUUACUGCGACAAAGAAUUCCAAGACACCGCCGCCGCCCGGAAGCGCCAUCUCCAAGGCGUCCAUCACCAGAGGGCCAAAGCUCUCUGGUACGACUCCUUGCGCUAUGUAAAUCAGAUUCCUGAUCCAGGGACCUUGGGAAAACAAGGUGUUUGCAAUCGAUUUGUUCGAACGGGCUCUUGCCAAUAUGGGGAUUCUUGUAAGUACUAUCAUCCGAAACAAAAUCCGAAUGAUCAAGUGCUGCCAGGUCAGAUGUCCAGUCAGAAUGUGCAAAUUUCAUGGGGCAACCUACCUCCAUCCUUGAUGCCUCCUCCAGAAGCUGGAUAUCCUCCUUUACCCUUUAUUGAUUGGGGAUAGGUUCAAGACCAUAGCUGCCACCGCUUACAUGCAUGAUAAAGACGGGGCUGAGAACGGAGGACAGACGAAAGGAAGAAAAAAUUUUGCAAGAGAACCUGUAUAUGUGUAUUAGGAUACACUUUUUUUUUUUUUUUGAAUGAAGGAUACACUUAUUUCAAAUCAAUGUCUGACUGACUUGUUGGAGAGAAUCAAGGUGCAAUAAGAAGUGAUUAUGAUA